AUGACAGCAAAGACUCCUCUGUGCCUGGUUCUAGGGGUGAUACUGUACCUGCCAGUGGUCCAGCUAGCUGGAGUGUUUGAGCUGAAGGUCCAUUCAUUCAGCAGUCCCCGCAGUGUAUGCGUCGCUGGCCGUUCCUGCCACCUCUUCUUCAGGGUAUGUCUGAAGCAUGCGCAGCCGGUGGUGUCCCCAGAUCCCCCAUGCACAUUUGGGACAGCUCUGAGUGACCUGAUGGCUGUGGAACCAGGGGCCAUAGCAGCUAGCAACCCUGUGCGAGUGCCCUUUCACUUCAAGUGGCCGGGCAUUUUCUCGCUUAUCAUUGAGUCCUGGAGCACGUACACUGCAGAAAAGCUGACAGAAAACACUAACAACCUGCUCAGCCGACUGGCCACUCGUAGACGUCUGUCUGUUGGGGAGGACUGGUCGCAGGACAUACACCUGGGACAACAGAGUGAGCUGCGCUACUCCUAUCACGUCACCUGCGACGAGCAUUACUAUGGGGAUAGCUGCUCCGACUACUGCCGCCCAAGGGACGAUACCUUCGGCCAUUAUGUCUGCGACCAAGAAGGAAAACGCUUAUGUCUGACUGGCUGGAAGGGGGAAUACUGUGCUGAGCCAAUCUGUCUGCCCGGCUGCAGUGAGUCUCACGGUUUCUGCGAGAUGCCGGGGGAAUGCAAGUGUCGCAUGGGAUGGCAGGGGCGGCUCUGUGACGAGUGUGUGCGGUACCCCGGCUGUCUGCACGGAUCCUGCUCCCAACCCUUUGAGUGCACUUGCGAAGAGGGCUGGGGCGGCCUGUUCUGCAAUCAAGAUCUCAACUACUGCACUAACCAUAAGCCGUGCCGAAAUGGAGCCAGCUGCACCAACACGGGCCAGGGGAGCUACUCCUGCAACUGCCGCGCUGGCUACACGGGAACCAACUGCGAGAUAGAGAGCAAUGAGUGUGCCAGUAACCCGUGCAAGAACGGAGGCAGCUGUAACGAUCUGGAGAAUGACUACAAAUGUGUGUGCCCGCGCGGAUUCUAUGGCAAGAAUUGCGAUAUCAGUGCCAUGACGUGUGCCGAUGGUCCCUGUUUUAACGGUGGAACCUGUGUAGAGAAGAGUUUCGUGGGUGGCUACGUCUGCCGCUGCCCUGUCAAUUACCAUGGCUCGAACUGCGAGAAGAAAAUUGAUCGCUGCACCAGUAGUCCAUGCCUCAAUGGAGGUCACUGCUUGGAUGUUGGCCGAAGUGUGGUGUGCAAGUGUCGUGUGGGAUUUUCUGGACCCAAGUGCGAAAUAAACACAGACGACUGUGCCAGCAACCCAUGUGCUAAUGGAGGAACCUGUGUAGAUGGACUGAACACGUACACUUGCUCUUGCACGCUAGGCUACGGAGGUAAAGACUGCACUCAGAGAGUAGACGCCUGCAGCUCUAGGCCUUGCCUUAACGGAGGCACCUGUUUCACCCACUUCAGCGGCCAUGUCUGCCAAUGCCCUGCAGUCUACAUGGGGUCCAGCUGUGAGUUCAGGGUGCAAGAGCCCACCUCAUCCUCCUACUAUGCUGAUCCCCCUUCCAGCCUGGCACUGGCAGCAUGCCUGGGUCUGUUCACGUUAUGCUUGCUUGCCAGCGGGCUGGUGCUGCUCAUGAGAGGAAUUAAGAAAGGACUGAUCAAUCAGAAGGGGAUGGUUAACCAUGACCUAGAGCCCAAGAACAACCUGAAGGAAAAAGAGCCCUUCCUCAUCUCACCUCCCCAUUUCAAGAUGCCCAAUCAGGACUGCCUGAGAGAGAAGUCGCGGAGCAAGCAGAAACUCCUGCCAGCGUCUGACAUGGAAGAGGAGAGAGACGGAGGGCGCCGUACACAGUCAGAUGUCCGCCAUUGCAGUGCCAAGGGUCAGCACCAAGACGCCCUCUAUCACCCCAUAUACCUGCUUCCAGGCCCCUCUGAGCAGUGCGUGUUUGCUACUGAGGUGUAACCCGUCUCAGAUACAAGAUUGACCGUCGUCCUUACAGUACUGGAGAAAAACUAUCCUUCUAUACUUCACUUUUAUAAUAUAGACUUUAAUUUAUUGGGAUAUCAAUACAUGUGUAUAUAUUUAUAUAGAUGUAUAUAUAUUUUUAUAUUUAUUACACACGCUGCUAAUGAAGGACUGCAAAACUAAAACCAAACAAUUUCAUGACCAAAGGCUUCAAAACAGAGGCGUUCCAAACACCAUUUCAUCUGCCGGACUCUACAGCCUCCCCGAUAGUGUUUUCUAUGAGGGGGCGCCAGGAAAAUGGACAGUAAUGACAAAUCUGACAUUAUCAGAAUGUAGACGAGACCCAGACCUGAAAUGGUUCAGGAGAUGAACACUCAGCUUUUCCAAGUUAUUAUAACAAGCAAAACCUCAUAAGCGGACUCUUGUUUUAUUUAUUCCUUGUUUCCAAUCCAAAGUGAUUAUUUAUCUUAUAGGUUUAUAGGUUUCUUAUCGUUGUAAAAUUCAGACUUGUUAAAUGUAUAUUAUAUGCACCCAUAAUAACACUCUUUGUUGCUGUAUGCUUACUUGCUAGUUCACGCUAAAUGGUUGAAUUGCUAAUGUUUGUUUUUAUGAUGUACACACAAAAAUAUACACACCAGUACAAAUAACACAUUCUACUGGUUGUUGCUGUUACAAGUCACACUGCUAAA